AUGGGCCGUCGACGAGACAUGCGUGCGAAAUGCGUCGGCGGUGUCGCUGAUACCGCCGGGGCGGCGCGGCGCGCGAUUUUUCGACUCACGCGCCGCUUGCGAACGCGUGGACUGCCUCUUCGUCCGCCUCGACUACUCGGACGAGCGGCGCAUCCACCGGCAUCGGCCGCGUCCCGCGAGUGGUUCCAGACCAUGACCCACCUCCUCGCGGCCAAAAACGAGACGACCCACCUCCUCAAAGUCUACGACGCGCCGCCGGCUCCGGUUCCCGACGCGCCGACAUCACCGAAUGAAUUCAAUCUCAGCGAGAAACUCAGAAACUGGAGUCCCGGCAACCUCAGUUGGCGGGCGCUCCACACGACGCGGCAUCCGCGCGUCGGCGUCCCGGACUUUGGUGUCGCCUCGCUCUGCGACUGGAUCAUCUUUCGAGAGAACGGGACGUGCGGUUUCCGGACGUACCUCGUCCGGCGGCGGAGGGUCCCACGGACCGUGUGGCUCGGGAACCGCAACUUCUACGGGCGGCGACGCGAUCCGCUUCUUCGUGAACCGCGUGCUGCCGCGUCUGACGCGUCCCGUGGUCCUCUACAGCGGGUCCGAGGACUCGACGCUCCCCCUGCAAGUCGACGCGCGAUUCGGACCGAACGACGACGCGAGCGUCCUCGAGGUCUUGAACUCGCCCCUUGUUGA